AUGGGACCUGAUUCUAAAACUCGAAUGAGAGAACAAAUUAACAAGAUGGAGAAUAUUUGCUUAUUGACUUUGAGUGGUUUGGAUUGUCCUGGAAAGGGUCUCGAUGUGAAUUACAAGACUUCAUUGAUGAGAGGAGCUAUGGAAGACAUGCCAAUCAUUGCAGGAGUUGGUUACAAUAGAGUAGAUAAGAGUAUUAAUCCUCCAAUUCUCAAAUCUCCAAGGGCAACACCUGUGAAUGAACAAAAGACACUCACUCGUACCAUAAACGGAGCUACUGAUUAUUUCAAUAUGUUAUAUCCAAGUGAUGGAAGUGAAAUAUUCAAUGGUCUCUACAGUCAUGGAACAACUGCUACCGACAUGAUUUUUAAAAAGUAUUUUGAAGGAGAUUUGAGAGGGUACAAUAUCCAGAAACAAUACUAUACUCACUCUGUUCAAAUAACAAAUAUUGAAGUCACUGACGAAUUUAAAAAGAUUAUUGACAUUCUUCCAGAUCAAAUGGAUGAAGAUUUGUACAAUAUGGUCAUUUCAUCAUUCGGUGAUUCUAUUGCUACUAAGGUAACCUAUGGAGGAGUUGUUGAUCUGACCACAUCAGUUCGAUCAUGUUAUAGUAGUCCAAGUAUGGAACAAUACUUGGACAUUCAAUUGCAAGUAACUAUUGGUAUUAACACUGAUACCAGUAAGUUACCAAAUGGAUACAUGAGAUAUCAAAGAGUUGGUUCAUUGGAUAUUAUUGGUGGUAAUCCACAAAUUAGCUCCAUCAGUCAAAGAGUUCAAACUUUUGCUAAUAAUCCAGUACCAGUGAAAUUUGAAACCAUUCCAAUCUGGAGAGCUUUCCCUAAUGGGCCAAAACAAGAAAAUAUGAAAAAGAUUUACAACAAGUUUGUUUCCUCCAAUUCCAUGAGUGUCGCUCAAAUGGUUGCACAAGUUGAGGCCAAGAGACAAGCUGAUAAAUUAGCUCCUCAACCAUUCUAUGCUUUCAAAGUUAACAAGGUAAAUCAAAUGAUUGAAAAGUUGGGAAGUGGUAAUCCAGCCUUUGUUGCAGCUGGUGGUCGUGCAGAAUUCACAGAAGAAUACCUUAUUCUAACAAAGAAAUUGACACAUCGUGUCUUUAAAGCAACUGUUGAAAGAAAUGCAGAUGGAUCUUUUUAUAUUCACUUUAUUCGUGUCAAGUGUGAUAGAGAUAAGAAUUGUGUUGAACAUCUUUAA